ACGCGCGGCGUUCCGGAAGUGACGUAGAACGCGGUGACCUUCAGAGGCGGCGUGCGGGUGUCAGGCCAGGCCGUGCCGCUCGGGGCUUUCUCCGGUUCCCUCCGCGCCGCUCGGGGCUUCCUCCGCUUCCCGCCGCCAUGCCCAGGGGCAGCCGCAGCCGCACGUCCCGCGUGCCGCCCCCCGCCAGCCGGGCACCCCCGAUGAGAGCCGCGUCUCCAGCACCGGCUCCUCGGGCCUCUGUCCCCGCAGCGGCUCCGCCUUCCGCCGUGGCGGCGCCGGCCCCGAAGCAGCCGGGGCUGAUGGCCCAGAUGGCCACAACCGCUGCCGGGGUGGCCGUGGGCUCGGCCGUGGGACACACCAUCGGCCACGCCAUCACCGGAGGAUUUAGUGGAGGGGGCAGCUCCGAAGCUGCCAGGCCUGAUGUCACUUACCAGGAGCCCCAGGCCGCUCAGGCUGCCCAGCAGCAGCAAGGUCCUUGCCAGUAUGAGAUUAAACAAUUCCUGGAGUGUGCCCAGAAGCAGACUGACCUCAAGCUGUGUGAGGGCUUCAGUGAGGUGCUCAAGCAGUGCAGGAUUUCCAAUGGUUUGGCCUAAGCUUGUACAAGGAGGCAGCUGAAGAUCAUCUUGCAAGAACUGACCUAUGAAUGAAAA